CCAUUUUCGUUUUGACGAAUAUUGACAGCACGGCAGACAGACAGUGGCGCGGCCGUCGACGCAGCGUCUGCCGGAUUAUUUUUAUUUUGAUAGUGAAUCAUUUAACGAGCAGACUACGUUUGCUGACUCGUUACGCGUCGGUUAGCAAUAAAAAACUCUAUUUACUACAACAGUGACGAGUGAUAGACGGCCAGUUGACGAAUUUUGGUGCUAACCUCUUCGUUCUUUUUUUUCUCCCGUCAGUGUUUUUGAGAACUGCAAGGCUGAUCGAUAUGUGCAAGAUUUACCACAGAUGACUCUGCGUUACUCAACCUCGUGUUGAUUUCUUCUGAUGAGGCAGCCAAGCUGUUGAUAUUGGCGGGAUGCAGGGCGGCGGUGCGCCCGCCGCGGACGCCGAUCAGGCGCAGUUCGAGGCCGACAAGAGGGCCGUCUAUAAACACCCCCUCUUCCCCCUCCUGGCUCUCCUCCUCGAGAGAUGCGAGCAAGCGACGGCAGGGGCGGAGCCCCCGGCCGCGGAGGCCUUCGGCGCAGACCUGCAGGCCUUCGUGCAGCACCAGAGACGAGACCGCAGACCCUUUCUUGUUGAUGAUCCUGAGAUAGACGGACUUAUGAUUAAGAGUAUUCAGGUGCUACGAAUCCACCUACUAGAGCUAGAAAAAGUGCAGGAGCUAUGUCGAGACUUCUGCGGUCGAUACAUCGCCUGUCUCAAGACUAAGAUGCAGAGUGAAAACUUGCUGCGGACUGACUACAGCUCAGGUGGAGUAGAAAGCAACAACAAUCUGUCGGGGUCUAUAGACGAGCACUCGAGCACCUCCAACUCGCCACAAUAUCAGUCGCCGGUGGCGGGCGCGGCGCCGGUGUUCGCGAGCGUGUUCCCGCCGCAGCCCGAGCCGCCCUACGCGCCGCCCAGCAGAGAUACGCCGUCACUAGUAGUCCAAGGUUCGACGCCGAUCAGUCAGAUAGGCGCCGGACUUAUAUCCACCGACUCCUUCACUGGAACAAACUCCAACAAUUCCUGCUCAUCAGUGUCGGGCUCGCCCCCCCCGGAUGACGAGCUGGAGGACGCGGCCGGCAAGCGCGGCGUGCUGCCGCGACACGCCACGCAGGUCAUGCGGGCCUGGCUGUUCCAGCACCUCGUGCACCCUUACCCGACUGAAGAAGAGAAGCGCUCGCUAGCAGCACAAACCCGGCUGACAUUACUGCAAGUGAACAACUGGUUCAUCAACGCUCGGCGCCGGAUCCUGCAGCCCAUGCUGGACUGUGCUGAUAAACCUGGAGGUAAGAAAGGCAAGAACGGUUCGUCUAUAAGCAAGCGCUACUGGCCCGACGCCCUCUCCAACCCACAGUUCACUGCCGGUCUCCUGUCAUCAUCAGAGGACGAAGACCAGGAAGGCGACGCUUCAGGGGAUGAACAGGAUCCGGCCGCAGAACAGCCGGAAGUCACAUACCCAAUACAGCAAACUAUGCAUUAGGAUAUAUUGUUAGAGUUUUAGGAACGAGCCACUGUGAACUUACUGAGAAAAUACUGAGGAAAAAGGUAAGAUUUCUAUGUAUAAAAAACUACUAUAGUUCUCACCGAAUGUCUUGAGAGAGAUUAGAAAAUGAAUUUGGAAAAGUUUUUUUUUUUUUUCAUAAUAUAAAACCUAUAUUUUGUUUAACACUAUUCAAAUACUGAGUUACCAAAAUAUCUACAUGACAAUCAUAAUAGAACCAGUGAAAAUACUGUUUUAACAUAUUAAAACUCAUUUUUAAAUUACACACGAAAACUAGUUUUCGAAAUUCGACAAAUACUCUCACUAGUGAAGUGAUGUACCGUUCCUAAAACUCGAAUCAUCGAUAAAACAAAAAAAUAAAUCGAUAUAGUCGAUACCCAGUUACGAUUCAAUGUAUACGUAUUAAUUUUUAAAAGUCUUUUCAUGACAAACGCCAUGUCACAAUAAAUUCGUUUAUUUAUAUAAAAAAAAGACAUAAUAAUAUAAAAUAUAUUGACAGUAUACCAUAAGUUUAAGUGUAGAAUUAAAAGAUUUUGGGUAGCAACAGUGUGGAUAAAACAAAUUUAAAUAACAAAAAACACGAUAAUAUCUUGAUACUAAAAAACUUUGUCUUUGAAAUACAUUAAAAAAUAAAUAAAUAAACACGGGUGUAUAAAAAAAUAUGACAGUGAUGUGCAAACUAAUGUCGAUACGAUUAAUCGAUUAUGUUCUGCCGGCUCCACGGCAGGUUUAUGUAUGCUUUAUAUUUCUUAUUAUGAGAGUGAAGGAAUAGUGAGUGCACCUGUGUCCAAGCGAAUGCUUGUGCACUGUAACAUGUCCUGCGCAGCUGGCUGAUCUCCUUAUAUGAGAACAGCCGCCGUAGCCGACAAUCGGAUGGCAUUAUUAUAUUACUUAUUUAUUAAAAAAGAGACAUAUUGUUAAAGUCAAUGAUCAAAGUAUACAAGAAAAUAUACGAAGUCAACAAUUUGUAUACGAAAUCUUACGAUAUCAUUUAAUGUAUACGAUUUGCUGUUUUUUUGACGAAUUUUAUUAAACUGUUUUUUUAACGGUUAAAGUUAACUUGUCAAUUUGGGGUAAAAGAGUUCAUAGUGUUUUACGAAAAUACUUAAUAAUGCCAUAUUUUUUUGGUUAAGAAGAAGUAAAAAAAAGAACACGGGCAUUUUGAAAAAUACUUUCGAAAAAUAAUUCAUGUAAAAGUUAUUUUAAAAAGUGUAAAAUUAUUUGUAUAAUUUUUAUCGAAUUAAUUUGCACAUCACUAUGCUAAUCUUUGUAACAAUUUUGUAAAUCCACACUGUUACUACUCGAGAUUUGAACCUAGAACUUUGUAUACGUAAUCCAUACCUCAAAUAUUAUUAAACAAAAUAAUGAACUAUUCAUAUUAACUGGCAAAACUAAUGGAAUUCUUUUAGUGUUGGUCUUUUCACCUAUCGAUAACAAAAAUAUGCUAAAUUUGUAUUUAUAUUUUAUGUAAAUAUUUAACAUUAUUUGGUCUUAAAUUCUCAUAUUUCUACGUCUUCCCAUAUCUAAUGAUAUUGCAAACAAAUAUAAUAGUUUAUUGAAAUUAAUUUCGAUAACAUCAAGUAGGUGAAAAGAUCAACAUUUUCAUUCACUUCUCUUUUUUGGUAAAAAUCUUUUGAUUUCUGAUAGAGAAAACUUCAAAAAUACGUGAUCGUAUUGAUAACAUCUUCUUUUGGGGCGAUUAAAAAAAAAAAAACAGAAAAAAAUUCAUGAAUUCAGACAGCCUAUUUCCCGAACUUGCUUAAUUUUUAAUUUGAAUUGUCAAAUAGGUCUAAAAAAGUAUGAGAAAUUCCCAAAAAUAUUUUUACCAAAAAUGAAAACGCAAGAAAAAAAAACAACUUCAAACAGAAAAAAAAUAUCCUCAAAGAGGCUUUGUUUAGCGUUUUGUCAAUUUUGAUACCGGUUGUGAAUUAAACACUUUUUUUUUGAAAAUUAUUCCCCAUUUCACCGACUGACGAAGUAUAGUACGUGCGAAAUAUCUUUACGAGUCUGAUAUUAGUCGCAAAUCGACUAAAUUUAGAUAUUAGUCGCAACUCGACUAAGUAUUGAAAUUAGUCGUAAAUCGACUAAAUUUUGAAAUAAGUUGGAAAUCGACUAAAUUUCGAAAUAAGUUACAAAUCGACUAAAUUAUGAAAUUAGUUGGAAAUCGACUAAAUUUCAAAAUUAGUUACAAGUCGACUAAAUACAGACUCGUUAAGAUAAAUCGUUGGUAUUAAAAUAGAUACUAAGAAUAUUUUUUACAUGCAACACUAGAGAAUACCGUCCACUGAGAUAUUGCAUCUAUUUAUUUAUAAAAAAGUAAUUAGUUUUGAAAUAUACUCAAUUGUUAAUUUCCUUUAUUUUACUACACAGCCAUAUUAGGUUAAUUUUUCCUUAGUUUUUGUGGAGAAAUCUGUAGUAUUUUCGACUUAAAAUUACAUUGUAAUAAGUACAGUAUAAAUAAUUGUAACGGAAUUACAUAUGUUUUUGUAUAAAAAGCUUAUUAAAAAUGUAUUUUAUUUUUAAGUUAGUAAUAAGUAAAUGACCAUUAUUUUUAUGUCAACUUUUGUUCUUGCAAUUUAUUUUUAUACAAGUGAUUUAGUGUUAUUUUUUGACAAAAUAAUCAGUUACGGCUGUUCUUAAUAUUCUAUUUAACUGUUAUAGGAAUCUGACAUUACUAGUAUGGACCUAAUGUCAAAUUAUAUUUCUAGUAAGCAAAAAAACAGGUAAAUUGAAUAUUGAGAACGGCCGUUAUUGGUCACCAAUACGGAUAACUCCACAGAAACUAAUCUAGUACAUAAAAAAAAAAAAACGAAUAUACGAUUGUAAAUGAUACGAUUUCCAUUAAAUAUAGUAUACUUUGAAAACUUAAAGGUUCAAUCCAAAAUUGUAUACGCAAAAAAGUAUUAAAAAAUCGUAAUUGACACUUAAAAUUUAGUCAACGAUGUGGACUGAAUUAUCGACUAAAAAUAACGUUGUUUUAGUCACAUCACUACAAACUUAAAAGGUUGACGAAAAUACUUAAUUAAAAUUAACAGUCCAGUAAUUUGAGUAAAGAAACAACAUUUUAUUUGAUUUUACAUGUAUUUUAAACUGAAAAAUAUUUUCAAAAUAAUGUUAAGUUUUUUUAAAACCACUUUCCAGACAAUUUUCAAUCGAUUUUAUAACCUUUUAUAAUACAGAGUUUUUGGUCAAGCCUUUUUAAUUAUUUAGUAUGUCGACUAAAUUUAGUCAAUCAACUAAACAUUUUAGUCGAUAAUUCAGUUCACAUCCUUAUUUAGAUAUAAAGCGAAGGCGGGAAAGCUAAAGGAUAUAGAUAAAAAAAUAUCGUAAGAAUUACGCUAAAAUAUUGUUUUGUAAGCAAACGUUUUUGAAAAGGACUUCCAAUUUAAACUUUCUAGAAAGUACUAUUGUUUCUCUAGGUAUAUUUUUCAAAAUAUUCUUUUUAGAAAUCAAACUGAAAAUUAUUGAUUUUAAUUUUACAUUUAACUGUGGUUGUAUUAGGUAAAGUUAAAGGGACUUAGUAAUAAAAAAAAAUAGUUCGGUUCAUCUAUUUAUGUAUUAUGACUAUUUCUCUAUAAGUAAAGAAGGGAUGACGCCGUCGACGCUGGAUGCAGGUCGCCUCCAACAGGUAUCUGUGGAGAUCUAAGGGGGAGGCCUAUGUUCAGCAGUGGACGUCCUAUGCCUGAGAUGAUGAUGAUGAUGAAAGAAGGGACAUUGCUAUUCGUCUAUAUCUAUCUCAAUUGCAUCGAAAUCUUUAGCAUUUCAUAAUACUACUUUUUAACGAAAUAACUAUAGGAUACACCGUACAUACAAGCGUGGUGAUUAAUGCUCAAUCCUUCUCCGUUCGAGAGAAGGCCGCAGCCCAGCAGUGGGACGAUAAAAAGGCUGUAACAGUAACACCAUACAUAUGCGUAUUCUUAUAGCAUUAUCUAUAUUAAAAAAUGUCUCGCUUAACAAUUUAAGAUAUACUUAAGCUUUUUUUUUUUUAAUAUUGCAAUACACAAGUCUUCCUUAUAUUAUGCUAAUUAAUAAAUUAAAGUUACAAUAGUACUUUCUAGAACAGUUGUAAUGUUAAAAUGUUAAGUUAAAUCGUAGUGUUGAUACGAUAUUUUUUGAUCUUAAGAAUGGUUUUUAGAAGUUGGAGUUCUGAAAAUGAAAAAAAAAGUUUUGAAAAAAAAGUAAAAAAAGUCAUAAUUUUUUUUAUUUUUUUAUUUAGUAUUUUGGUCAAAAAUGGUUUACAUUUCCUUAAAAUCAUCAAGAUGUUUCAAAUUAAGGAAUUUAUCUGUAUUUUUUCAUUAGUUUUCAAAUUAAGGAAUAAAAAAAUACACCAUGAAAGUAUUAUGCAAGUAUUAUAGUGAUUAAAAACAAUGAUUUUGAAGAAUAUUCAAGUGUGGUGUUGCUAUAAUCACUUUUUAAAUAAUUUAACAUGUAUUAUAAAAUCAUUUUUCUACUACAAUAUUUUUUUCAAAACUCCAACUUACAAAAUAAAAAAAAAGAAACGAAACAGUGCUGAAACUCAAACGAGGAAACGGAUAUACGUAAUUGGAAUGGUGAAGUUAAGAAAAAUAAGAUUUUUUAUGAUAAUAUUAUAAUUAUGUGUUAGUACAUAUUAUACAUCUAAUUAUACAUCGCGUAGUGAUAUAAUGUAUUUUUAAUGUAACGGCUAUUUGACUUUAUAUUCGUCUAAGGCUAAUUGGCUCUUUGCCAAAAUGACGAUUUGAGCCAAAUUAGGCCGUUUUUUAAUGGGAAGCGGACGCUUUGAUUUCAAAGUAUAAAAAUACAAAUUACAAACAUGUUGCUGUAAAUACUAAGUAUCUACCAUUUUUUAAAAAGUAAUAAGCUGUAAUUCAGCAAUCUGACUAGUCAUUUCACACAUUGCACGGCCAAUAUUUACAGUACAGUGAAAACCUUGUUAUGUGUAAAACAUAAUACAAUACAUGCAAACUUAACAUGAGAAAAAAAAGUGUUCAAUAUGACGAAGUAAAAUUAAUUUCGAUUGAGCGAAAAUUGUAUUUCUAAGUAUUUCACUCUUAUGUCUAGUUUCACCGGCUACUGAUAGUCUUUGAUAGCCUAUAAGAAACGUAUCUGACAUAUAAAUAUCUGGCUGAAAUUAUAAGCACUUUCACUUUAUCAGUAACCAGUCAAAACUGGCCCUAGACUUUUCAAAACAUUAAAUAAUUUGUUUAGUGUUUAGGAACCUCAAAAUGUUUAGGAACCUACCUAGUUUCAAGUAGGUAAAAAUAACAUUGAAAUCAAAGCGUUCGCCUUUCCAAGCUAUACCCGACUGCGGGAUAGUCUCGCUUGUUCUAAGCGCCGUUAUUCAAGUCCAGAAUAGUAUACAAUAGAUAUACGCGCUUGUUUAGUAUUAAGAAUAACUUCAAUGUUAUACAUUAUGGUACAGCAUAAUUUUUGCUAGUCAAUAAAAUAAUUUUUAGGCUGA